AUGCCACGCGACGGCCACUGUCGAUACGCGGAUCUCGCCCAUGGCCACAGUGCGCCGCACCUCCACCGCAGGCAACGGCACCCGUACGCCGCGGAUCCGCGCAGCCGCCCGCACUGUAGCCUCCACGAGCCACUGGGAGCGGUGCGCAUGCGCGGCCCACGCGGCUGCCACUGCAGUCUCCACGCCGUCUGUGAAUUGGGCGUCGGCCACCACGUCAAACGGCCAGUGCGAGCAGGAAAAGUCCACGUCCACCGGGGGCCACACCACCAGCACCACGUGUGUGCGGUUGAGUUCCGGGCCGGACACCACCACAGGGCUGGGCUGGCGCGGCUCGACUGUGCCGUUGCUGGCGAGCGGGCCGAGCUUGCGGAAAAGCCAAAGGGCAAGCGCCAGGCCGCCCGUGACGCACACCUCGCCCGCCACGCGCACGCGCACGCCGCCGUCCGACAUGCCCACGAGGGCGGCGUUGUCUAUGCGCGCCUCGAAUGCAGGCGGCUGCGCGAGCACUGCGCGCACCACGAACAAUGCCGCCACAAACACGGCUAUGGCUGCAAAAAAAAAGAGCGCGCAUGCGGUGUUGCGGCGCUUGUGCCGCGUGCUCGCUGCAUGGGCCGGCGCUGGCCCUAG